AUGGAGGCGUACACGUUCCGCUCGUUCCUCAAAAACCGUCGUCUCACCACUUUCGAGCAGUGUCUGGCAGACCAACACGCCAAAGAGAUGUACGCGUUCAUGAACGACAUCCGUGAGGAGUUUCGUCUCCAACAACUCAAGCGCGAGUUCAAGGAAGCCCAGCGACAAGUGCGGAAGGAGAGAAGACAAAGAAGAUUCUACUUUCGGCAGCAGAAGAAAAUCGCUUCUGGUCAGGACUCCGGACUCGGCGCCUCCCCGAUCGACAGCCGUUCCCCUGGGCAGCCCCCGCCGACUCGCGUGCCCCUCUACCUCCGGACCCCCCGGAAGGCGUCGCCGGCAUCUUCGUUCAACCCGACUCUCGCCGCACAGAUCCAGCAGAAGAAGCAGCCGAUUCUCGUGAAGAAUCCGUUCUACAACCCGCAGUUGGCUGCUCAAAUCGGAUCCCUCUAA